AUGGCAAUCAGUGAAGGCACAAUGGUGGAAGGAAUCCACUGUGUCCCAGAUUUAGUUGAGUUGAUGCCAAAGCAGCAUGAUAUACCAAGAGCAUGGCUGCGUAUAGUGGUUCACGAAGGAAGAAAUCAUGAAGUCAGGGAAUUAGUGAAAAAUGUUGGGCUUGAGGUUGAUUCAUUGAAGCGUGUCCGUAUAGGUGGAGUCAGACUUCCUUCAGAUCUUGGGUAA